AUGGCAUCACCAAAAAUAGAAGUUGCAGUGAAGAACUGUUGCCCUUCUAUUGGAGAAGGCCCCCACUGGGACGUGAAAUCUGAGUCAUUAUACUUUGUCGAUAUUACAACAGGCGGAAUCCAUCGCUGGGAUUCCAAAACUGGCCAGGAGAGCAAGAUUAACUUAGAUGGGACAGUUGGAUUUGUCAUCCCAUGCGAGCGGGGUGGCGUAGUUGCCGGACUGAACAGAACCAUUUCCCAUGUGGAUUGGGACACUGCUAACACUACAGUUCUUGCAGAGGUUGAACAGGGUACAAAGAACCGAUUCAAUGAUGGGAAAUGUGAUGCUUCUGGUCGGUUAUGGGCAGGUACCAUGGGUUUUGAGACUCUACCUGGAAAAGUGGAUAGUGGUCAAGGCAGCCUGUACAGCUUGUCAACUGACCAUAAGUUGACCAAGCAUGUUGGGAACAUUGAUAUUAGCAACGGCAUUGACUGGACAGAUGACAACUCCGUUAUGUAUUAUAUUGAUUCGGUACCCAGAAAAGUAUAUGCUUUUGACUUCAACAUAGAGGAGGGAACAGUCAGUAACCAAAGGACAGUAGUCGAAUUUGAACCAGGUACUGAGUCCACGUACGGACUGCCUGAUGGCAUGUGCAUCGACAACGAAGGGAAAAUCUGGGUAGCUUGUUUUAGUGCCAGCCGAGUUUACAGAUUUGACCCUGAAACAGGCAAAACUUUACAAAGUCUAGAGUUUCCAGCCACAAAUAUUACAUCCGUUUGCUUUGGCGGGAAGAACCUAGAUGAACUUUAUGUCACCUCCAGCAUGUGGAAACUUCCAGAAGAAUUAAAGGACCAACAACCCUUGGCCGGCUCCAUCUUUAGAGUUACUGGACUUGGAGUGAAAGGGAGAGCACCCAACAAUUUCAGAGGCUAA